UACUUGAAUUUCGACCUAUGCUGUCACCCCUAAUACGAAAUGAUAUCUUCCGCAGAGUGACGUAACCAUCUUCCAUAUUGGUAUUUUUCUCUGGGAAAAGUUUGUGAUAUUUCAAUUUUUCAAGAGAGAACUUGUUUUCAUCGUUGUGAUAAUUAGUUGUGCAAUGGAUUUUAUCGAAUGGGAGUUCAUUACAAACACACAGUUAGAUUUAUAUAAUGGAUUAUAACUGUUCAGUUUCAUUUCAUAUAAACGGACUGGAAUAUGCAGUUUCAGAAAAUGAGUUGUCACCAACAAUAAGUUUGAACGAGUAUUUGAGAGAUGUUUUAGGAUUAAAGGGAACUAAAGUUAUGUGUAGAGAAGGGGGUUGUGGUGUCUGUGCUGUGACUGUAACAAUACCAUCAUUUACAAAUCAACAACAGGCAAUGACAUUCUCUAUUAAUUCGUGUCUGUGUCCUUUAUUCUGUGUUGAUGGUUGGAAGAUAUGGACUGUAGAAGGUCUAGGUGAUCAAGCAUCAGGACCACAUCCAAUACAGAAACGGAUUUCAGAUUUGAAUGGUUCUCAAUGUGGUUAUUGCACACCUGGUAUGGUAAUGAACAUGUAUGGACUGCUUCAUCAAAAUCCCCAACCAAGUCAGGAGUUCAUUGAAGAUAAUUUUGAUGGAAAUAUCUGCCGUUGUACUGGUUAUAGACCAAUCUUAGAUGCAAUGAAAUCAUUCGCUACAGAUUCCCAGACUCCUGGAGGUGGCUGUAUUGAUAUAGAAGACCUUGAUAAGAAUAUGUGCUCAAAAACAAACAAAAUAUGUCGUGGUCCCAAAUGCCAUCAAGUCCGUCCUUCAAAGUGUUUUACAGAUCGUAGAUGGUUUCGACCUCACACCAUCAAUCAGCUUCAGCAAAUUGUUCAGAUGAAUUCUGGAAAGCAUGUUCGCUAUGUGUUUGGUUACACAUCUUCAGGUGUGUUCAAAGAAACGUCUGUCAGUGAUAUGUAUAUUGACAUAAGAUACAUACCAGAACUCAUUGAUAUAAAGUUAUCAGCAAAUUGUGUAAUGAUUGGAGCAAAUACAACACUGACUAGGUUAAUUUCAAUUUUAUCUGAUAGAAAAUCUUACCACCAGGGUUUCAUUUACUUCACCAAUAUUUCUCAACAUCUGAAAAAGAUCGGCAAUGUCCUCGUUAGAAAUGCUGGAUGUUGGGCUGGUAAUCUCAUGAUGAAACAUGAACAUCCAGAAUUCCCUUCUGAUAUUUUUGUAGUGCUAGAAGCCGCUGGUGCAAUCAUUGGAGUCCAAGAUUUGAUGACAGGAACAUUGUCAAUGUUAUCAUUAAUGGAAUUCCUUCAAAUCAACAUAAAAAACAAACUGAUCAUAAGAUUAUAUCUUUAUCCACAUCAGACAAAUACAGUUUAUCAGUCAUUUAAAAUAAUGGCCAGGUCACAGAAUGUAUAUGCAUAUGUAAAUGCUGGAUUCAGAUUUAAAUUGAGCGAAGAUGGAAGACAAUUUACAGAUAAACCUUCUAUAGUAUAUGGAGGAUUGGAUGUUAUUACUCAUGCUGUGAAUACUGAACACUACUUAACUAAUAAAAUGGUAACUGAUUCUGUGAUUCAAGAGGCUGUAUCAAUAUUAAAGAAAGAGUUCGCUACAAAACAUGAAGAUGAGAAUAUAUUGCUAUCAUCAUAUACAUACCGCUGUCAAUUGGCUGUAAAUCUAUUUUAUAAAACAAUUUUAGGUAUAAUGAAUCAAGAUACAUUAGCUAGUAAUAAAACUGGUGCAGUCUUUCACGUGGGAUAUCAUCCGGUCAACAAUCUUACCAAACUAAUACAACUGACUACCCUCUGAAACAACCAAUGGUUAAAUUAGCAUCAUUGGCACAGGCAUGUGGUGAAGUGAUAUAUGUGGAUGAUAUGCCCAUGUAUAGAGAUGAAGUGUAUGCUGGAUUAGUUUUAUCAACAGUAGCAAACUCAACUAUUACAAAUAUAGUUUUUUCACAAGCUUUGGUUACUGAAGGUGUAAUAGAUAUUGUAACAGUAGAAGAUAUACCAAAAGGUGGAAUCAAUCAAUAUCUUCCAUCAUUAGGUGUACCUGUAGAUCUAGACUUACAGAUAUUAUGCACUGAUACUGUGCAUUAUGCUGGCCAAAUCAUUGCAGUGGUCAUAGCUGAAUCUAGGUCUAUAGCUGAUGCAGCAUCAGAAAUAGUUAAAGUAUCUUACAAACAACAUUCUAAACCAAUACUGUCAAUAAAAGAUGCAAUCAAGCAUAACAGCUUUGAGAAAGUGCCGUUUCCAGAAAGGGUUAGAGGAAGGCCCAAUGAGAUUAUGUCAGCAGCACCUGUAAUCACAUGUGGAGAAUGUGAAUGGGGAACACAAUAUCAUUUCUAUUUAGAAAAUCAGGCAGCUUUGUGUGUACCUGUAGAAGAUGGGUUAGAUGUUUAUAGUACCACACAGUGUCCUGAUAUAUUGCAAAGAACAAUUGCUAAAACAAUAGCACAGCCAACUAAUUAUGUGCAUGUCACUGUACCAAGAGUUGGUGGAUCCUUCGGUGGAAAAGGCUUCUCAGUUGCCAACAUUGCUACUUGUUGUGCUCUUGCGGCUUAUAAAACUAAAAGGCCAGUUAGAAUGCAUGUUAAAAUGGAAGAUGCUAUGGCAGCCUGUGGAAAACGAUUUCCGAUACUUGCUAAAUAUAAGGUUGGUCAUGAAAAAAAUGGUAGAAUUCUGGCCGUAAUUGUUGAUUUAUAUUGUGAUAUGGGAUGGAAAGCUUCAGCUGCUUUCUUCCCUUUUGAAAUAAUGACCAAGCUAGAUCAAGGGUAUAAUAUCGAGAACUGGUUAAUUCGUCCACAUUUAGUUCGAACACAUAAACCUCCACAAAAUGCUUGUCGUUCACCAGCUUGUUUCCCAGCCGGUUUUAUAAUAGAAUCUAUAGUAGAACAUGUUGCUAGUAUUGUAAAACAACAUCCUAUACUAGUCAAAGAACUCAACUUAUAUCAAGAGGGUCAGGUUGAUAUCAAUGGGGAUAUAUUAAAUUACUGUACAUUACCAACUCUAUGGAAGCAACUUAAACAGAUGGCGGACGUCAAUAAUAGACUGGAAGAAAUUAAACAGUACAACAAGCUUAACACAUGGAAAAAGCGUGGAUUAACGAUGACACCAGUAAAAUAUGGAUUAAAUGGGUUUCCGUUUCGUUUUACAUGUGAUAUAUCUAUCUAUGGAUCUGAUGGUACUAUUAAUAUAUCACAAGGUGGUGUAGAGAUGGGACAAGGUCUUUAUACUAAGGUAGUACAGGCUGUGGCAGCAACAUUAAAUGUACCAAUAAGCAUUAUAAAAAUUCGACCAUGUAGUACUCUCAUAGCACCAAAUAAUCUGUCUACGGGUAACAGUGUCGGCAGUGAACUAUGUGUUCAGGCAGCUAUAGAAUGUUGUGAAAUUCUGAAGAAACGUAUGUUACCUGUACAAGAAGCUAAUUGUAAUCUGAAUUGGGUAGCCUUAUGUGAUAAAUGUUAUAUGAGCUGUGUUGAUCUUACUGCUAAAUAUACUCAAUUUGGUAUAAAUAGUAAAGAUUCGUAUUAUAAAUAUUUUACCUAUGCUGCUGGUGUAACUGAGGUUGAAGUUGAUAUUUUAACUGGUGAAAAUCAUCUACGUAGAGUUGAUAUUCUCUUUGAUUGUGGUGAAAGUUUAAAUCCUACUAUUGAUAUUGGUCAGAUAGAAGGGGCAUAUGUAAUGGGACUGGGUGCCAUGCUAACAGAAGACACUAUAUAUAAUCCUGAAACAGGACAAGUUCUAAAUAAUGGAACAUGGGACUAUAAACCACCAACUAGUAAAGAUAUACCUAUAGAUUGGAGAAUUCAUUUAUUAUCUGAUGCUCCUAAUCCUGUUGGUAUUAAAGGGUCGAAAGCUGCAGGGGAACCACCUAUAGUAUUAUCUACUGGUUCUUUAUUUGCUAUUAAACAAGCUGUAAAUAGUUUUAAUGAUGAAAAUAAUAGCAUGGAGUUUUCUCCAACAGUUGCACCGUUGACAGUGGAAAAAGUUCAGCAGAGCUGUGCUAUUAUUUCUAGUAAUUUAACUUUAUAUAAAACUCAACUACACAAUACAGCUAGACUGUAAUUAAUCAGAUGUGGUGUAGCAUAGCCCAUCGGAUAUGGAAGCUAAACAACAAGCUUACCAAGUCGUCCCACCUGUAACACCAUCCCAGCUACACAUUCUUUGUUUUGACCACUAAUCAUCUAGGUAUGACUGGCCUAUAUACUGUUGUUAUAAUUAUGGAUUUAAAUAUUUGGCUUUACAGCAGGCUUUAAUAUGACUCAAUAUCACAUCACCGUGACUUCAAAAUACAAAACUCAGGAAAACAAUAUUCUUAUGUUUUUAUAUAAAGCAGGAUUAUAAGAACUAAAAAAUAACCUGUAUUUCAGUCUCUCUCAAUCCACUCAGAUCGCUGUAGACAGAAGAGCUAUCUGCUGGAAACUUUACAUCAUGUCCUCCUAACAAUUCUAAUGGGUCUCCCCAGCAGGGGCAAUUUCUGCAGGUCUUUUAUAUCCCUGACAUAAAGUUAUUAAUUAGCUGAUUGGUUGAGUAUGCCCAUAGAGUUGUAAAUAGAAUUGGCCAAAUAUGUAUUAUAGGCAACCAGCCAGGUGAUUUUGGGGCAACAUGACUUUUUGGGCAGACAGGUAAAGUGAAAACAAAAAUUAUUUGGAAAACCUGGAAUAAUGUUCAGCUCAUGUUACCUAAUCAGAUUAAUCAGUUGAUUAAUUAGUCCCCACCUCUUUCCUUGCAAAUAUCACAGUCAAUAGCAUGUUAAUUUUUCUUGACAAUUUGUCUACAAAGGACACAUUUCAUUUAUUACUAAAGUAGCCAUAUUUUUUUUUUAAAGUAAAGGGGUGGUGAUGAAUAGAUACUGAUGGUCAUUUAUACAUAAUAUUCUGGUGAAGCCAAAGUUACUUGUUAAUCACCACUAAUCCUAUGUAGCAAUCUUCAAAGAGAUUAUCAAAGAGCAUUUUAAUUGGAUAGGAUGAUUAGUUGACACCAUGCUCAAAUGAUCAUGGUUAUUUCGGUUAUUUUUGUCAGUAGUUAUUUCAACAAAGAUAAAUAAGUUAUUUUAAACAAUAUUAAGUACAGUUUUAUAAAAUAUAUUGUUUAUCAUUAAGUUAAUAUUGUUUGACCGUUAUGACCAAAAUCUUUAGCCAUUAUGACCAAAUUUUUGGGGCCAUUAUGACUAAACUGUUUGGACAUUAUGACCAAAAUGGAUUUUGGCCGUUAGGACAUCACCUGCAAAACAUGUUUUAAUCAUAAUUUGAUAAAUUGCAUUUUAAAUAAACAUGUAGCCUUACUAGCCUAGAAAACAGGUAGAUUUUUAUACGCAUACAUUUUCAUGUGGACGUAUAAUUUCGUCGACCCUGUCCGUCCGUCCGUUCACAUUUUGUUUGUG